GAAUGUGUUUGGUGUAUUACCGACUAGUGUUGAGCGAAUGUGUUUGGUGUAUUACCGACUAGUGUUGAGCGAAUGUGUUUGGUGUAUUACCGACUAGUGUUGAGCGAAUGUGUUUGGUGUAUUACCGACUAGUGUUGAGCGAAUGUGUUUGGUGUAUUACCGACUAGUGUUGAGCGAAUGUGUUUGGUGUAUUACCGACUAGUGUUGAGCGAAUGUGUUUGGUGUAUUACCGACUAGUGAUUGAAAGUUAUGCUGAAAAGUGUACUUGAAGGACAGAUAUUACUUUUAUAGCAGAUGGCAAUGGUUUACAUGUAGUCUACACUGAAUCAUCUCUGAAGCAGACAAUCUUAACUUAUUGACAAACAUCGUGCUAGCUGUCAUAAUGCUAUACACACAGCGACAAUAACAAUAAAACCGAGUUAAUUAUCACUCGUUGAUCUCUAGUAUGAAUAAUUUCUUUUCCUUUUAUCAGUCAACCAACCGCCGACAACGACACCACAGAAAUGGCAACUGGUAUUAAUGAUGGGGGAAACGACGGAACCAAGUCAAAAAACCUUGCGCACUUGAACCUUACUGAAACUCAGCUCAAUGCAUUGUCUUACAGCCUGUCUGAAUUAGCCGAAAAAAUAUCGCCUACGAAAAAUGAAUUUAUCGAUGAAGUAGAAUGGGAAUUGAAAACAGCCGCUGAAGGUUUGGGAAUUGAUCGGUCAAGCUCGUUAAGCCGUCAACGAGGAUGUUUAGAGCAACCUAACACACGAACAAAAACACCGUAUACUAAAACAAGAAAAAAUGGAAUUAAACACCCUCUUUCGAAACAAAAAAGUUUUACUAAAGGCAAGCAGUUGCUAUCAGCGUCGAAUGAAGGUAAUGAAAAUAGUCAGUCUUUUAAUAGAGUGUCGCACCAGGAGUCUGUUGAGUCAGGAUAUAACUCGUCUUGGUCAUCAAACAGUUUUAACGAAGACAAAAACAACGCGGACACUGACAUUGAAGAAGAAUCAGUAUUCAGCGAUUCAAAUACAGAUAAAUACGAUGCGCAAGCUAUCGAAACGAAAAUUUCAGACGUUGAAAAAAGAAUAAAUUCGCUGAUUCUCGGUCGAACAGCAAGUGAGUUGGGAACAACUGAGGUGAAACCAUCGAGUGAAGAAAAAUCGCAGGAAAAUGUUGACAAACCAUUAGAGAAGCGAGAAUCGAUGRAUACUAGUAGUGAAACGGCACAAAAUGAAGGCGCUGGGGUGAUACCUGACGAGCAUAUUGAAGGCGACGAAAAAUCCACAGGCAGCUCGGCGAACGGUGAAAACGAGUUGAAAAAAUCACCAUUCCAAGUCCACAAGGUCAGAAAGACCUCACUGGACGAUAUUACAAAAAGCGCUCAAAAACCUACACGACCUGGUCUUGUGCGCAGGCGCACAACGCUUGUUACAUUUCGUCCGCCACGGAAAACAUCGGCGUUCAGCGAAGUGGAUGAUAGUGGUGUGUUAGAGAUCGACGAAGCUGGGUUUGUACAGUGCCUCACUGAUGUGCGCUCAAUGAAGACAAUGCUUCUUAAACUGAAGAGAGAAUUGCAGGAGGCCGAAGUUCAGUCACCAUUGAGCAGAAAAUUGUCAGCCUCAUCAAGAAGUACAUCGAACUUAGCCAACAGUGUUAGUGUGAACGAGACGGCAGAUGAGGAGACUCGGCGACAUACAUAUGACUCUAGUGAAGCUAUACACAAGAAACUCCAACGAAUUCGAUCUCAGUCGAGGAGAAAGCACUCGAGUUGUACUGAGAGCCCACUGGAAGACAUGUCAGCGGCAGAGCAAAAUAAUUCCGCGGGUUCGUCAGAAGUGACUGCGUCAAGCGCYGAUAAGAGCAGUGAUGUCGCGAAAAUGAAGGAAGAAUUGGAUGAUUUGAAGCAGAAAAUGAAKSGACUUCAACAGGAACGAGACACAUUAUUCAUGGACAAAGAAGAAAUUGAACAUGAACUGGAAGCCAAAAACCACACCAUCAAGAUGCUACAGAAACAACUGGAAGCACAGGAGAAUAGCGAUGAAAUAACAUGUUUACAACGACAAGUCACCGCCCUAACACAACAAGUGCGUCAACAGCAACAGAAAAUAGCAGAACUGAAAUACCAGGCCACAUCUCCUUCGAGAAGGGAUUCAGUUAAGCUCGACAUCAAAAAUCGACUGAGAGAUGCUUUUACACGUCACCUUGAAGAAUCAUCAAAGAGUCACAUGCUGUUGAGCAAACAUAUAGAGAAGGCAGAGUUCACCGUUAGUGAAGCUCAGAAAGGUCUUAAGUCGUUAUGUAUCACAUCAUCACAGAAUAUCACUGAAGAUGACGAGCCAUCAGCUAAAAAACGAUCUGUAACCAGCAUACCCGGCUCCCCCCGGAACAGCCUUAGUGUUGAAUCGGAAGAAUCGGAAGACAAGUCGCGAAGACAUUCAUGGACUAUAAACUCGAUCGACAAGAUCAUAAAAACAUGGAAAGACACUACGCAAUCUAUUGAGAACAUCGGAAAAUCACCGAAAUCAAAUAAGAAAUCUAGUAAACUACAUCAGMCCAGCUCCCCUCAUUUGUCCUUUUUGUGAGAAAACUUGGAAUAUCACAAAAACACAGCUGCCUGCCAUUCUAAAUGUUGUUCAUUUUUGUAAGAAACCACGAGAAAAGAGUAAAAUAAUUUUAUAGCCAC